UUGAUAUCUACGUACCCUCGGAAAACGAACCCACGUGAGGACGAGUUCAUCGUUGAGGUGGUGAACAACACACACGAUGGUCGAUUUAGCAAGCGAGCCCUGCUUGACUUCCAUUUCCGGCGAGUUGAAUGAGUGCCUGCACCGUACUGUCCUGUGGGGUCUUUCCCUGAGACGACCCCGGUUGUUAAUGACCCGAUGCGUGACGUCUUACGUCCAGAACAGAUGGGGAUGACAUCUUCCACGCAACCUUACGGUGUGUCGGUUUAAGGUACAAACGCGGCAUCGAACAAACGUCUUCCACGACGCCAUCUGUAUGUGGAGGUUUACCGAAUAUCGGACGAUAAACAGAACUUGGUAUAUGGCCGAGCGAAGAUUCUAAAUGGAGAUGUACCGAUUCUACCCGACACAACGGCCGCCGCGUAGUCCGUCCAAAGCAACUGUUCUCUACACUUAACACCAAGGGGCGACCUACAGUACAGUAGUCUGUGGAAGCUAUAUAACAGUAUCACCCGAACCAACGUCGCAGCUUCGUUGGGCAUGGGGUAGGCUUAGGGAUAGGGUUUGAGGGCUACGGGUAAGCACUGUGGUUCUCCCGAUCUGUCCUCCUGAUCCUUUCAGCGGAAACACGGCAAACUCUCUACGAACUUUCAUGGAUCGCACCCAGCUGAUGUGGAGAAGAAUUUUCAUCAGCCGGACAAUACCGCGCGGGCGGUAUUGCAACUAUUGUCUAUGAAGUCUAUGAUACAACUAGACAAAACAAUGGGAGCUUACAGCAAGACUACUCCGGGGUAUCUCAACCAUUCCUGCCAGGGAAAGCUACAGUAGAACCAGCAUGUUUGCUGGAGAUCAGGUACAGCAAGGAAUCAGAGCAGGCUGCCGUCAAGAUGGUCUACCAAGGAAUACUGUUGAGUCGCUGUCGUGCCGGCGUUGUGUUGCUGGCGACGUAUGUAGUCAAACCAAUAUCCUCUCGGGCUUACACUUGCGAAAUAUGCCCAUCAUGUUGCCGAGGAGAGGGCGUUAGGCUUACAGUACUAUGUGGACAAGAAUUAUUCCAUGGGACGCGGAGUCUCUCAAGUCUACGUCUUAUUUGGGAGUGCAUAACAAAAGUGGUUUCAGCGCGGCGCGAAAAAAAAUUGCCCCAGAGGUUCCGGUGAGCUGGACGAGUGGUGGUGUCAGUCGUGAAUUAAUUGUAAGACCAGACUACUGUAUGUACAGGUGCAAGCGGUCGCGUGAAUGCGUCUCGGGCGAUUCCGACGAUGACAUGACUGCUCAUCGAGGUUUAAGAAACCCGGACGACUGGGAGCGAGGAAGAGCUGUGUUGCCCGACGAUCAUACGUCUCAGCGAUCACGUAUAGCUCACAAUAGCGCUCACAGAGAAUAAAUGAACCUCCUGAUUGAAGGCUGGCGGGAGCUGUCGAAUCUCAACAUUCUUUCUAAAUAUAUCGGCUCUAAGGGGUAUCAUUAACGACAAAAAAUCACGGAACAUUUUACGGAAUCGUUGUUUCUUGAACAUAUAUGCAGGCGUUUUUCCCCGGAAAUAUGAAAAGAAGGAGCCGGGAUUUUUUGGGCUUGCUACUUUAACGGAUCCGUGACAGAAGCAUCGGACAAGCGCACUUCGGACAAGCGCACCGCGACUGAGAACGCUAGAAAGACCUGCCAGACUCACAUCUUGAUCUGUUGUGGAGAUGGAUAAGCGGCAGAAGCGGCGUUCAGUCAGUUCUUGGUCCAAAACUAGAGAUUGCGUGGUGCUCUCGUCUUCAACUGCUGCUGUUGGUGCUGGGGAAUUUUUUCACUCAUAGCAAACACGGAAACAGUAGAACGAGUACAGCAGCAGCACCAAGACCUCCAACGCGCUGAUUCAUUCGGUUCGGCUGUCUAUAUGAUACCAUCUCCCGGCGCCGUGCUGCUUCGUGGGUAUUGGGUGCUUGGGUGCUGCUCAAUAAGGUGUGUGAGAGACGUGUGCCACCUCACCAAAAUGCCGUUGGAAAAAAUGCGGCGAGAUUAUCUGUUCUUGGUCGGACUCGUCAACAUCAAUCCACAGCACGACGCAGCAGAAGAGCAACAGGGCCUCCGACAUGCUAGUUCUUUCGGAUUGGCCAUGUACAUGAUGCUGGCCGUCAGCGCGGCUGCCGCCCAAUGAUUGUUGAGCUCGUCUUCCUUUGGGUAGUUGAUGGUUAAAGAUGGGAGUCGCAACCGUGAAAAAUGAGCUGGCGAACUGAAGAAAUCGAAAGCAACACCCAGGCUGCGUCAAUCUGCCCUGCGCCUGUUGUUGCAGAAAACUGAAAGCAGCAGGCCGGGUGGAUAGGAUCUUUCGAAGUGUGUUGUCCUCUGUGUCGGUUGCUGCUCAUAGCGCUUUCACCACUGCUCUACGGUGAGCAACACCAAGUCAACCUGUUGUGUGCCAAGCAAUGCGUGUAUUCAGGGAAGGAAACGUACUUUUUGGAUGACAUCACGAAUAGGACAAGCGAAAAAAAGUCAGGUUUUCUUUUCACAGUUGCGUGGAAAAUUGCACGACUUUUCCGAAGCGUUAACAACGAGCAAACGUUGUGCGUCUCCACAACGGUACUACAGCAGUACACUCGCGGGAGCAGAACUCAAAACAGGCUCUAGCUGCUGCAGGCUCUAGCUGCUGCAGGCUGCUGUGUACCGUUGUGAUUGCCAGGUGCGAGCACCAGGGUGCCACGAGCUUGGAGCCUACCGCUGAUCGGAGAUUGGGAUGGUGAAAAAUUAUUCCAGCGAAUUCGAGCGAUGCUAGUGGCAUCAUCGUGUGUAAUCUCCCGUGGUCCUCUAAUGUGUGAAAUCUCCCGUGGUACUCUCAUGUGCCGCCAGCAGGAUAGAGCGAAAGCUCUAUCUCACACAUCCAGCAGUACUAAGUCUUGUAGUCUGCUGCAAAACGUUUGAAGUAUACUGCAAUACCAGCUUUCGUGGGAAUUAGUUCAUACCUGUGGGAGAUGGUGAAGGGAAUGAUUGUAGGAAGCAAUGCGUGCCAAGUGCCGGUGUGCCCCCUUCCUCCAAAAUAUUUCUUUUAUUGCCGUUUGGCCGCAGGAGCUGGGCCGAGGGUCAAAGCGGGGAAUUUGCCGGGGCAUUGGCCGGGGCCUUUUAUGUGGGUCUGGCAGUGCUGCACGACUGAAAAAAAUAAAAAGCGGCUCGCGGCGCAACAGACCUCCACACCCAGCACGGGCUCUAGAGGGCGAACCAGAGGCUAAACUGCCCAGAAAACUCGAGAGGUAUUCAAUGCAUGGGAUAACGGCCGGCACAGGUCGUGCUGACAGAUGACCCGUCGGAGAGGUAGGCGGGGCAACCGGGCUGGUGGGGCUAACAACCCCGCAGGAGCUCAACCGGCUACGCCACCGGCUACGCCUCCGAACCAGCCUAGGAGCUCUGUUACACCCGGAAGCGGGGGUAUGCAGCCAGCAUGAGACCUUCGACAGCUUACGGAAGGCACGCUAACCCCGCGUACUCCAGUGGCGACAACUCAGGGGGAGAGAUAACAAGUGAACGUGCACGGAUCGGGAGCGGGAGAGAGGGCAACUUAACCACUGAGGUGCGCACC